AUGGCUACAUGUGACCUGGACAAUACCCGUGACAGCCUGCACAGGCUGCUGCGACAGCGCAUGGCGUGCAGCAACACGCUUCACUGCGACAGCGGCUACAGCUCCGCUAACCACUCCAGACAGACGUCCCUUGACUCGAGCGCCGCGGUGGAGGUCGCGCCGUCGGCGCCACGCCACCUCAGCACCGCGGAGGCGGUGCCGGCAGGCUGCGACUGGCCGCGGCGGCCGCCGCUCGAGGUGCCUCCCAGCACGGACUUCGUCUUCACCCGACUGGAGAUUGAACGGGCGCGGCGGCCGGCACCGUUCGUCCGUCUCUCGGACGAGCUGGCGCUGCGCGUGUUCUCGCAUCUGUCGGCGGACGAGCUGAGCCGGUGCGCGCGCCUGCGCCGGCUGGAGCUGCGCGGCUGCACGACCAUCAGCAGCCGGGCGCUGACGGCCGUGCUCAGCAGCUGCUCACGGCUCCAGCAUCUGGACCUGACUGACGGCACGCUGGGCCUGGUGGCCGGCCGGUGUCCGGCUCUGCGCGAGCUCAGCGUGGCCGACUGUCCCCGGAUAACGGACGUGGGCGUGCGCCGGCUGGCCCCGCUCGGACCUGGCCUGCGCCACCUCAGCCUGGCGCACUGCCGGACCGUCUCGGACGCUGGCGUCGCGCAGCUGGCGCUCAGCUGCCGCCGUCUGCGCUACCUGAACGUGCGCGGCUGCGCAACUGUUGGCGACGCGUCGCUGGCGGCGGUGGCGCGCGGCUGCCGACGGCUGUGUGCGCUCGACGUCGGCAGGAGUGACGCGAGCGACCUGGGUCUCCGGCUGCUCGCGCAGCACUGCCCGGACCUGAGGAGGCUCAGCGCCAGGGGCUGUGAGAUGGUGAGCGACGCGGGGGUCAGGGUCAGCGUGCAGGACUCGGCUGUGACGCUCGAGGGCUGCCGCACGGUAAAGAAGUACUGCAAACGCUGCACCAUCGAGCACUCCAGACCCGGCUUCUACUGA